AUGGGUGGCGGUCUACUUACUCAACCGAUGGCUUUCCCGCAAAGCAAUCACGCCACGGCGCCUGUCCCAGUGAUUGAGCAUCACUCCUAUUUCCAGCUGGGAGAUAAGCGCUUCCUCGCACUGCCAGAGUUGGAGCUUGACCUACCAACCGCUAUCACCUCCCUUGCCACCGUUUUUCAACUGGGCCCCACGGAGACGCCGAAUUCAACCUGGCUCCAGAAUCAAAUCCAGGCCUGGCUACAUAUCGACGAUAUAUUCCAACCGGAGUUUCUUUCGGGUAUCAUCUUUGUGACGGAAGACAACGGCAUUCAGCCAAAUUUGUCAGCGUCUAUUGAAAGCCUACCCAAGGAGUGGAAACCAGAUUGGUGGAUCUUUUUCAACAAGGAGGUUGGCGGCCAGCUACACCCAGGUCCUCGCAUGGUCUCCUACGGGAAGAUUCACACUGUCUACAGGAUAUACGAUGAUGUGAAUGGGGCAUUUAUGGUUGCCAUCCAGCCACCGAUCACCCCAGGACCUUUCAAAAAUCUCCAUGUCAGUGGUGACUUCUACACAAGCCUCGGAGUUGCUGUGAGCUCUCGUAUACCUGGGGUCUAUGCAGAGGACAAGCCGCUUGGUGGUGUGAGAUUUGCCAUUAAAGACAUAUUCGAAGUCGAAGGGCUUCGGGUUACAGCAGGGGAUCGGGCGUUCUACAGUCUCUCCAAGCCGGCAGCGGUAACAUGCCCGGCUAUCAAGCGACUGAUUGAUGCCGGAGCCGAGCUCCUGGGUACCCUCAAACUAGGCUCACUGAUUGCUCGAGAGGAGCCUACAGAAUCUGUCGAUUAUCAUGCGCCAUUUAAUCCACGAGCAGAUGGCUAUCAGUCUGCUUGGAGCAGCAGCGGUGGGAGCGGCGCGGCCAUUGCUUCGUAUGAUUGGGUGGACUUCACUCUGGGCACAGACAAGGAUCCGGAAUGGCUGACAAUUAUGCCACAGCAACAGGAAGCAGUCGGCGGCCCGCAAUGGCAAAUGGAGCUUUCCAGAUCCGCCUUACGCAUGACUUGGUUUCCUUGGACAAUGCAGUACCCUCUUUUCCAGAAAUGGGUCGGCGUUUGGCUGAACCAGACGAGCGCUGUCUAUGAUGAUAUGCAACUGAUUGAUUCAUUCAUUGCUGACAUGGAGGCCACGUUCGGUAUCAAAACGGAAAAGGUUUCUAUAGCUGACACCUGGAAAGCUUCUCCACCAAACGAGGCUGGAAACCACACAAUUCAGGAGUAUCUGAAGGAUUCUAUCCAGCAGAUUUGA